AUGAAGAUAAGAGAAGAACAUGAUAAGCAGUUGCAGAUGGUAGCAGACGCUAACAUUGUUCUACAGGAAAAGUCUCACAGUAAGCCUGCAGGUGAGAACGUUUCAGAAUCAGAAAGGGAGCGAGAAAGGGAGCGAGAGAAAGAGGGAGCGAGAGAAAGAGGGAGCGAGAGAAAGAGAGAGAGAGAGAAAGAGAGAGAGACCGAGAGAGAAAGAGCGAAAGAGCGAGAAAGAGAGAGGAAGAGAGAGGAAGAGAGAGAAAGAGAGAGAAAGAGAGAGAAAGAGAGAGAAAGAGAGAGAAAGAGAGAGAAAGAGAGAGAAAGAGAGAUAAAAAGAGAGAUAAAAAGAGAGAUAAAAAGAGAGAUAAAAAGAGAAAAAGAGAGAGAAAGAGAAAGAGAAAGAGAAAGAGAGAAAGAGAAAGAGAGAAAGAGAGAGAAAGAGAGAGAA